AUGACUAAGCGGGUGAGUUCCGGGCGGUCGAGCCUCAUCGGGAACGCGAGACCGAUAGGUAAUCCCGUAGGAUUUCCGACUAUCGCGGGCUUUGCUGGAUUCCCGUUGACAUCCGUCUCUUGUGGAAGAACAGGAUCCUUCACCCCUCUCAAAACAAGGAAUGAAUCUCUUCCUGGCGUCCGGAAUCCUUGCGGUGCUCUGCAACUGUCCAACAGGUCCAAUCCUUCGGGGGCAUCCUACCUCAGGGGGUUACUUACUACUACUACCUACUACCAGGAAAGCCAGCAAGAGACGCACUUUCUCCGAGAUACGCCUUGCAGGAAACGUUGCGCCGAGACCGAUGCGCGUACAUAUUCCCGAGGAGAUCUGAUCGCCGCGGCAGCUAAGCAGGGAUUCGGUCGAUCAAUCAGGCCAGAACCCGGCGUCUACCAACCAACUGCUCUUGGGAUUUGGAUGAGCUACUAUACGAGAAAAUCGUACGGGAUCUGGUGA